GACAUGGUCACCAGUAAUUCUCUGGUAGACUGUGGCGAUGUAGUCAUGCUUAAAUGAAGGGGUUGGAUUGGGGGGUUAAAACCACCGAAUGGUUCCAGAGUGCAACUGUGUCUGCAGCUCACCUCUCUCACAGGGGAUGGGUGCGUGAACAACCCAUCUAAUUGAACAAUAAUUUAACUUGCAGGAACAUCUCUUUUUACUGUGGCCUGGAGUCUUCCUUUUGUCAAUGAUAGAGAUUUCAUUGGUAUCUCCAGAAGACACUGAAUUUUUGUGUCAAUGACAAAUUUGUGCUAUUAAGAGCCUAAAAUCCAUCGAAUUUCCUGUUCUAAUCCUUAUCAUUUAGAUUCUUCUUACAAUUUUUAAUGAUUCUGGACUGUAGACUUCAUUUAGUGUCAUCAAAAAUGGCCAGUUUUAAAGUUUCCUGUCAUGAUUUUUGAAGGUGAUUUUUUUUUCUGAUUGUUGUCAGUGGAGUUCCACUCCUGAGAUGCAAACUGCAGAAUGACCAGCCAUUUGUUUACCUUUAUUUGUUUGUGGUCAGUAGUUUUACCCAAAGCUUCCUGUUCUCUUUAAUUAUAUCGAGUUAUUUUUAAAAUGGAUUUGUUGUUGUCUUUUUCUUGUCAAGCUUCAAAGAAAUGUUUGAUCCUGAUCAAUUUUUGUGAUUUUUUUUUUUACAUUUAUGUAUACAUGAACACCCAUUGACUUGAAUGACAGCCAUGAGGUCAUCUCCAAUCACGGCCGAGCUCUUGUUUCUUUGAGGUGGGGCACAUAUGGUAGGGUGCCCAGGCUUUUCCAACAACAGCGCUUUGCAUGCACAUUUCCAUAUCUUCCAGUCAUGACGGGUGGGGGGUCAUUUAGAUUUGUCCAAGCACUCGACUCCUUCACUUCCUAACAAGCCCAUCUUCAGCCUGGCAGGACCUUAUCUCUGUCUCCCACUGUAGAGGACGAGGAGAUGGCGAUAAAGUGAGUUUACUGCAUAUUUGAUUUUUGGGCCUUUUACAGCUUUCAGCAGCAACAGCUGGCAGAAGCCAUGUGGAAACUUCCAAAGAGUUCUUCUUUCACUGGUAGAUUUUGUUGCUUUCCCAAAGAUCCACUGGACGAUGUUGAGACUUGGAGCGAGUCUGUGGAUAAAGUUCUGGGCUGUAAAGCCGGACAGAUAGCUUUCCGAGAAUUCCUGAAGUCGGAGUACAGCGAGGAGAACAUUCUGUUUUGGUUGGCUUGCGAGGAAUACAAGAAGAUCAAAACGGUGCCUGAGAUGAUCUCCUCCGCAAACAGGAUCUACUCUGAGUUUGUACAGACAGAAGCACCCAGACAAAUCAACAUAGACUGCACUACCAGAGAAAACAUUACAAAGAACAUCUCCCAGCCGACCCUGACUGCCUUUGAUACGGCGCAGAAGCUCGUCUACAGUCUGAUGGCCAGGGACUGCUACCCACGCUUCCUAAAAUCUGACAUCUAUCAGGGACUCCUGAGGAAAGCCGAAUCGAGGUGACUGUAUUCAAGCUGACAGCCUCUCAGUCGGAGCUUCUGCUCAGCUCGGGUUUGCUGUGGCGCUCUGACUCAGUGUGGAAAACAAGACAUGCAGCCCAGAUCUUAGGUGUAGCACAUGUAGUUUCUCUUAAUCUGUGUGAUGCUGUAGUCAGAUGUACCUCAAGAAAAUCUUUCUUUUUUUAGUUAGACCAACCUAACACAUAAUGUUUUUUCCAUGUCAAAUGAUAAAAAAUAGUAAAGAAUAAUUAUUAUUUAUUAUUAUUUUUAAAUUGAUGAUAAUAUUAUUAAAUUAUUAUAUAUUAUUUUUUGUAAAGUAUUAUCAAAACUUUAAUUGAUUGUGCAAAUAGACUUGCUAAUGUGUUCUGGACAUUUUCAUUUGCAUAUGCAAAUAAAUUGAUCUCUUGCUUUGCUGAAUGUUUCUUUAGUUGUUUGCAUUGCGGCUUUCAAAGACCUCCCGAGCUAAACAUGCGCAGCUCCACGGCGCACUUUUGAAUGCAAUGCAAAUUUGGGGAAGUAACCAUGGGCCGCUCAAACAGCAGGUGGCAACAGAGGACUUGCAUUUUGAAAAAAGGAAGAACUUCAAAGUGUUCACAGCAAAAAAAUUCAGUCUAAAAAUGAAAAAUCUGAUAUAUUUUUGGUGAAAGGGUCUUAAACUGUGGGAUUUAGUUCACCACAAAUGCAAAGCAUGACAUUAAAACCAUUUUUAAUGAGGAAUAUUAUUGUUUAUGUCCAUUUAAAAGCUGUUUUUUUUCUUGGU